CCACUUUAUGUUAAAAUGUCUGACUCCAGGUGUCUCUUCUUUUGGAGUAACAGGAGUUUGUGUCUCGCUGCAGGCGUGUCUCUGUCCAGCACCACGACGGCCUCCACCAGCUGUCAGUCCCCCAGUCUGGGCUGCCCCGUUCAGCUGACCACGACCCCGUCUGUCAACGCCAUCAACGCCACUUCACAUGCUGUCACUAACGCCACUUCAACCGCCAUCGCCACACAUGCCCAACAAGCAACCAACGACAUGAGUGCUACCGCUAACCACACCGCUACUAACCCCACAACCCAGCAUGAGCGCUUCUUCUACCGGGUCUCUGUGAAUGUGGACGCCGGCGGCCCUGCAGAGGAUCAGGAUGUGCAGCAGGCAGUGACUCGCUGGUUGGAUCAGACGUUUCAGAACUGGACCCAUAACGUCUACGUGGAUUACGUCAGUGUUCAGCCUUCACAGAGUGACGGCGCCACCAACAGUUACACCUGUCAGGCCCUCUUGGUGUAUUCUUACACCACCAAUCAGAGUCUGAGUGAAUCUGCCAUCUCUGCCUGGCUGACCAAUAGCAACGCAGCUCUUCAGGGUGACCUGCAGCUGAACUCCAUCCGUGUUGGCGCCAUUGAAAACUGUCCGGGGGAGAACCCGCUGCACUACCACUGGCCCGAGAGUCGACCCUCCGUCACACAGUACCUCCCCUGCUUCCCCAACAAGGAGAGCAGCACCUCCAGGACCUGUCUGGUCAGUCCACUGAACUACUCGUCUUACUGGUCGACUCCAGACGUCAGCAACUGCACGGACAUCGCCAGCAUCGAGGUGUCACCUGAAAACGCUGCUGAAGUGGCCGAGCAGCUCGCCGACAUCACGAGCAAUGAACUGUCCGACGAGGAGGUGUCCAAAGUGGUGAGGAAGGUGCAGGAGCUGGUUUCCGUGGCCAAGAUCAACACCUCUCUGGCCUCCACAGUCGUCACCAUCUUCUCCAAUGUCAUGAGCACCUCUGACGGUGGCAUGGUCGCCUCCUCUGACAGAGCUCUGCAGACAGUAGACCAGCUGGCCCAGAAGCUGGAGUUUGAUGGUCCAUCAGUCAGCGUCACUUCCAGACAUCUGGCUUUGGGGAUUGCGGCCUUGAACAGCAGCACGUUCAGCGGGAUGGCCUUCAGCGCCUUCACGCCUCUAUAUACCUCUGACCUACAGGUUGACUUCACAUUGGGGACGACAGACUCGUUGGCCCAGGUCAUGCUUCCCGAGUCCCUACUCUUCAACGCCACGCUAACCGAGGCCGAGCGCUCGUCUCUGUCCCGCAUCAACUUCAUGUUCUUCAGCAAGACCAACCUGUUCCAGAGCGAGCAGAACGGUCGCCCUUUAAACAGCUACGUGGUGUCCAGCAGCGUUGGAAACAUUUCAAUCAGGAACCUGCAGGACCCAGUGAUUAUUGAGAUCAGUCACAUCUCCUAUCAGCCUUCUCUCAGUCCGGUUUGUAUGUUCUGGGACUUCAGUAUGAACAAUGGUGCUGGAGGCUGGAACGGGAACGGCUGCAGAGUCGGCGAGAAUUCCAACAGCAACAAAACGGUCUGUCUGUGUGAUCACCUGACGCACUUCGGCAUCCUGAUGGACAUGUCCGGAGCCGCGUUCCACAUUAACGAGGAGAACACCAUAGUUCUGACCUUCAUCACCUACAUCGGCUGCGGCGUGUCGGCCAUCUUCUCUGCCGCCACACUGCUCACCUACAUCGCCUUUGAAAAACUCAGACGGGACUACCCAUCAAAGAUCCUCAUGAACCUCAGCACUUCCUUGUUUUUCCUCAAUAUGGUGUUCCUAUUGGAUGGCUGGCUAACCAGUCUGGACACCGAGUGGCUGUGCUUGGCUGUCGCCAUUUUACUGCAUUACUUCCUGCUGACCUCGUUCACCUGGAUGGGCUUGGAGUCCAUCCACAUGUACAUUGCUCUGGUCAAAGUCUUCAACACCUACAUACGCCGAUACAUCCUAAAGUUCUGCAUCGUAGGAUGGGGUCUUCCUGCGGUUGUGGUUGGAAUUGUUGUUUCGGUGGGUCAAAAAAAGUUUUAUGGGCGGAAGGAGUACGGCGGGGGAGAUGCUGGACAUGGAGCUUCAGAGUUCUGCUGGAUCCAGGAUUCGGUGGUCUUCUACAUCACGUGUGUGGGUUACUUCUGUCUGGUGUUUCUGCUGAACGUGGCCAUGUUCAUCGUGGUGAUGCUGCAGAUCUGCGGACGCAACGGGAAACGCAGCAACCGCACGCUACGAGAGGAGGUCCUGAGGAACGUGCGCAGCGUGGUCAGCCUGACCUUCCUGCUGGGCAUGACGUGGGGCUUCGCUCUGUUCGCCUGGGGACCCGUCAACCUGCCCUUCAUGUACCUCUUCACCAUCUUCAACUCUCUGCAAGGUUUCUUCAUAUUUAUUUUUCACUGCGCGUUGAAGGAAAACGUCCAGAAGCAGUGGAGGCGAUACCUCUGCUGCGGCCGACUCCGGCUCGCCGAUCACUCAGACUGGAGUAAGACGGCCACCAACAACACCAAAAAGGUUGGCUCAGACAACCUGGCCAAGUCGCUCUCCUCCAGCUCUUUGGGUUCCAGCGCCGCCAGCGGGACCUCCAGGGCCAAAGUGACGCUGCACCCAUUCACAAAACGACGCAGCAACACAGAUAAACUUUACUCCAACCAGACCGUCCCUGCGUGCAUCUCUUCCUCCUCGUCCUCCUCAGAGGUCGAUCCCGGCUCCUCCCCCCCCAUCCUCCCCGUCAGCCAGGUCAUUGACAAGGUCAGAGGUUACUGCUCCACUCGCUCAGACAACUUCUACAAGAACAUUAUGAUCUCUGACCGCUUCAACCAGAGCACCAGGUUCUAGAGUUUCAGGUUCAGCAGCACCAGGCUUCUGGAAGCUUCCAGGGUCUUCCAGAAAAAUUCCAGCACACUGCCACAUUAUUAUCAGAGGCUUCAGUGUCCCUGGUCCAGAACCGCUUGUCACGAUAAAGACUUUCUUCUGGAACUGCUCCCAGCGUUCUACAGACCUGUUGAUUUUUCUUCUUUGUCUGAAAUGUGGAAUUCCAGUGUUCAAAGACUGUCGCAGAAUUCUUGGACCCUGUGAGGUCUGGAACAGUUCUUGCUUCUUGUUGUGUUGCAGCCACAGAACGUUUUCCGGGUGGGAUUUGCCCGACCUGGACCACUGAGACUCGGACAGCCACAGGUUGUUUUCUGUCCGUCGUCGUGUUGAGUGUGUGUGUGUCCUUCCCGCCGUACUCGCUGUUCCCUGGACCUUUGGAUUCAUCACCCUGAGGUCCUGUCCGGGUUCAUUAAGAUGUACAAAUUUGUGAUGAAAUUUAAAAGUUAUGUAAAAAUCCCUUUUGUUGUUGGAAUGUUCUGGAAGCUGUGAUGGGCUUUGUUCACAUUACAGAUCUUUAGGAACAAAACCUUAUUUUGUUCUUGCUGUUGCAAAAGCAGCAGUUAUAGAAUUCUGACAUUCACCUGAUACUGAGGGAAUCUCUGCUGUAUUGAUUAUUGAUCGGCAGGUGUGCAGCAGGGUCAUGUGGCCGGAUUGUUUUGUGUACUUUCAGGCAACAACAACUGACUGAUCAUGACUAUGACUAAGGGAUCACAAUGACGACUAACGGAUUACGACAGCAACUGACCGAUCACAAGAAUGACGACUAACGAAUUACUGAAGGGUCACAGUGAAGGUUGCUUAGCCCCGCCCCUUCAUCUCAGAUGGUCACGUCCUGGUCCAGAAAUUAAAUCUGAUCUGAGUCUGUGAGUUCCACUAAAUUCUUCUCUUCUUACACUUUGUAUAAAGUAAAAAAAAAAACCCAGUUUAUAGUUUUGUCUUCAAACUGCUGCUUAAAGGCUCCAAAUGCAGAGUCCUGGAGAUGGUGGGCGUGGUCUGUGCAUCCGGGGUUCUAUUGGGUUCUGUUGGGUCCUUUGGGCUGAGCAGCGCUGAGGUGUGGUUCUACCAUAUCAGAGAUCACACUGACCUGGACUAUGUCCAGGAACAGGGAGGGACGGGUUUAAGGUUCUGGAAUACUGUGACAUCUGUGCGCAUCUGGACCCGCGGCCUCUGUAAAUAUCGAUUAUGUGCAUUGGUUUAUUGCGUUUGGAAAUAUUCCUAAAAUGUCCACACAUCCAAAGAAAACAAGGAGGUGACACAAAUCCAGAUUCCUUUCUUUAAAAGUGUUUUUUUUUUUUAUCUUUUUUUCCGCUUCUUGAGUUGAUCAGGACACUCGUAAAUAUUCAUGAAGAUCAAUCACGAUAUAAAUGCUCGACAGUCAGUUCACGAUAGCCAUCGUUAUAAAGCUAAUGUGAACUUUUUCAGGAAGUUACAGCUCGAGUAUUUCAAUAUCUCGAGUUUUCUGGUUUUGUUAGUGUCAUUUCAUUUACGUCACUUCCUGUCAGUUUGUUGAAUGUUUUUCAGAAUCAUUUCUAUGUGACAUAAACAGGAAACAAUUUUUGUUGAUUUGUGUAUAUAAAUGUAACAAUAACUUCACCCUGUUUGUUUGUCAGAAAGGCCUCACUGCUGGUUGUUGUUCAUUUAUUAUUGUUGUUUAUUUGCUUAUUUAUUUACAACAGAAAAACAAAAAUUCAGACAGGAAAUGAAGCUGAAGUGAGUCCAUCUGAUCAUCAGGUACCAAAACACUGUAAGAACGCAGAAAACACUUUGGCAGAUAAACUAAACCUCGUGGUGUCCAACGCCGACAGAAGUUGGUGUCUUUGUUUGUUUGUUGUAACCCUGAAGCAGGAAGUUCCUCCCCAGAACAGUGGAGGAACUUCCACAAACACUCCAAACUGUCCUCAAAGCACCGCCACAUGUGUCGGACCGUGAUAAGACCCGCACGUUGGACAGCAACAGAACUUCACAAUGGUUCCUGUCAGUUCUGUAUCAUGUCACCUGAUGUGUGUGUGUGUGUGUUUAGACAUUUUUCCAAUGAUUACCGUUUUGCAGUAAAAAUGUUUUUGUGGUCAGCGUUCCAUCGGCUUCUGAAUUCGGUUUAUGUCGAGUCCUUUCUCAGUCAGUGAGCCGGUACCAGCUUCAGGUCCUGGACGUUGGACUGCAGCAACCCUGCAGCGGUUGGGGUCUCGUCCGGGCUUAGUGUGUCGUUUCCCGUGUGACUCAUCUUGUUUCCUGUGCAAGUCCUCCUGCUUGAUGAGAUGAUUCAGAAAGGAGCCCCUGAGAUCUCAGAUCAGCAUCCAGAUCUGGUUCUAAUGACAGACGAUAUUUUAAAGAGCUUCAGUUGCUUUGCACAUGUUCUGGGUCAUCUCAGGACAGAGCUGGAAGUUUUACCAGAACUCAGAACCUCCUCAGCGUCUAAAUGAUCCUGCCUGUUUUUGGACCAGAACCGAGGUGUGUUGGGUCUUUGGACUCAGACUCAGAUGUUAAUACGCUUCAUGAACAUUGAUCACAGUCUGACAUUUUUACUCAAAUAUGAAGAAUUUAACUGUUUCAUUUGAAUGUCAAGCAAACCUUUAAAUAAUCAGGCAAGAAGUUGGUGUCAUUAAAGUCACAUUGUUGAGAUUUAAGAAAACUUCAAUUGUUUCACCUGAAAAUAAGAUUCAAAAUUAAAUUGAUAAAUGAGAAAAUAAAACUUUAAAGCAAAUUAAAAUUCUUUUUAUGGAAAACAAUCAGUCCUGAAAACUUUGUCUUUAGCAAAGACUUUACUUUUUGUUUGUUUGUUUGUUUUUUUAAGGCUUCCUUUGGGUUAUUUAAUGCAUUAAAAAAAAAAAGCUUUGAAUCAUUUUUGAAAUUAAUAUUUUCUGCCCCGUGUCCUGUGAAAUGAUCGUUUUCUUUAAAUUCCUGAAUUUAUUUGAAUCGAGGAGUUUUUUAACUUAAACGAUGUGAACUUAUGUCAUCCUUCGUUCUCUCACGUUUUAUUCGCUCGUAUUAUCGCACACGUGUCUUCAUGUCGCUCACUUUUUAACUUUUCUAAAAGUGUAUUUUUCUCCAACUGCAUUCAUAAUUAUCGUGUCUGAAAAACACUGUUUUUGUUUGACUGUUAUUGCACUUUUAUUGUGUGUGUGUUUCACAAAGGUCAUCAGUUCUACCUAGAAGGUUCUAGAACUCUCAAGGUUCUAAUGUUCAGUUCUUGCCCUCUGUGUUAUUUGGUUCUUGUUUUCUCUUAAUUUCUUGGCGUACUUUGAAUAAUUGUUCUGUAACAUCGCAAAUUUCCCUUUCAUGGGACUAAUAAAGGAUCAUCUUAUGA